UUGAUUUCCGAGAGCCAUGAAGGUUCUACUCGUUCGGCUCUUCGAACUCAUUGUGAUCUUUCCUUUUUGUCAAGCUGAUGAUCCAGACUUUUCAGUUCAUGCGAUGCUUCAAUCUGCUGUUGGCCAAGACCUGCCCGCAGACUGUGUAAAUGAAUCCGUAGGAACACAAUGGUAUGGUGGCUUCCAGGCCGCAGUGGAUACCAUGAUGCAGCGCACCAAGCGAACAAUGCAGCUGGGUUUGACUUCCAUGGCUAAAGGGGUUUUGUUGCUCACCGAUGAGACUGCUGCCUGUGGUGACAAACCAGAGCUUCAUCCAUUGAGAGACCAGGCUGAGAGAUUGAAGGUGCUUGCCAGCACCCGAAGCCUUGCCGGACUUGAUUCAACAGUGCGCUACGAACCGCUGAAAGCUCUCUCUGUGGGUGGCAUUGAUGUACAUUCGGAGCUGAAUGCCUUGCUGGUGGCCUGGCGGAUGAAUCAUGGCCCAGAAGUGGUCGGCAAGACGCUGGCCAGGUUCCUAGCAGACUUUUCGGAAGAUGCAGAGGACUCCAGUCCAGAGCCUCCUCCGGAAGCACCAGUUCUAGAGACACAGCACCGGCCUGGUGCACUGCAGCGCACACCUUCGUUUUGGGCAUCGCUGUUGAAUUCAGCUUUCCGGCGCUUGAAGGAUGACAGUAGCCCAGUCUCUGUAGCAUGUGUUGCUGAGGGGACUGCGCAACUGAAUGCGGACAAAUUUGAUGAAGCCUUCGGCAGAAUGAUGCAAAAGACUCAGCGAAGUAUGCAACAUGGGCUGAAGAUUUUAGCUUUGGCUGUGGACUCAUUGCUGUCAAUCCUGCAGGAACACGUCAUGUGUCAACAACCUCUGCGCUCUGCAGCUGGCGCUGCCAGACUGCGUGCGGCUGCAAGCCGUUUGGAGACACUGGUGGGCACCCGGUCCUUGAUCAAUCCUGGGACCAAUGUCAAGUAUGAGGCCAAGCAAAUGCUGAAAGUUGGCGAGAAAGAUGUUCACUUAGAGCUGAAUAAGCUGAUUACAGCAUGGAUCAAAGACCAGAGCGCGGAGGAUGUUGGGCAGGGUUUGGCAGAGUUCUUUGAGGAUUUCCAAGAGGAGGAAGAGGAAGAAGAUGUCAGCAGCCAAUUUGGAGGACAAGUGGCAGAUCUUUCAGAUAUGUUAAGCGAUGCUGUGUCAGCUGCGGGAGGUUGCUCUGGAGCCAGUCCAUCCAGUUGUUUUGAAGACCCUGCGCUGAAAGCAUUUGCCGCUGAAGUCGAGCAUGGCAUUGGCCACAUGCUGAAAAAGAGGCGCAAGACCAUGCAGCAGGGUCUGAAAGAACUCUCGGAUGCUGUGGAGAAGGUCUUUGCCGCCGCAUCGCCCACUUGUCAGCAAUGCACUGGCACCUCUAUCAUCCGUCAAGGUGCUCGGAAGGUUAGACACUUGACGCGAAAGAUGGUGGUUGACUAUGGCACCUACAUCAAGUAUGAAGCUUUGAAGUCUUUAGAGGUUGGAGGAGUAGCCGUGCACGGUCAACUGAAUUCCUUCCUUGGAGCCUGGAAGCUCAGGGGUGUUCGGGAGGCCGGAACCCCGCUUGGAAUUUUGUUCCAACGCUUCUCCACGAUCACAGGGCACGAUGAGUUCUGACAAAAAAAAAGUUGAGGGAGUAGGGCAGAAGCUCCAGCUUUCGUGCCCUAAAUUUCAAUUACGCCUGUUCAUUUCAAGGGAAAGGAUGAUUUGAAUUGAUUUGAGCAUUCUAUCCAACAUGUGACACAUGUGCCCACCUUCGCGAAAGUGGCCUGAAAGCGUGAAGUCCUAGUCGUGGAAGGGUUACAGGGCUGCCCAUUUCAGUCCUGCUCAUUGCAUCUAGUUGGUGCAAGAAGAA